GCUCACCACCCUUCAACCCUCAAAAAUCAAUAAUCGCAACCACUGAUUCAUCGCCCAAUUCUUCUUGCUUCAAACCUUCCACGAUUUCGCUUCGUUAAAGAUUAAUGGAGGGCUCAUUCCCGGUUAGAGAAUAUCUCAUUGACAUGGGAUCAGAUAUGGACGAUAAAUCAAGCGGAAGGACGCCUACGGACGAUCAGUUUUUCCUCUUGUAUUUCAUCAUGGGUACCUAUUUCGGACCUGAUCUCAAGGAAGAAACACAGAAGUCUGUUUUCCAAAGACGUGCCGAGGGUCUUCCACCAUAUACUCCAGAAAAACUAGCUGGUUCUUGCAUUAAGACAGUAGAAGUAGAGAGAGUCUACUACUAUGUGCUUAGAAAAGCCGAUCCAUCCAUCGUAUUGAAACUACCAUGGCUCCAACAAUUUUUUCAUGGGAAUCUCUCAACCUCUACUCGAAGCCCAACUCUACCUUUCCCACAAUUCGAUGAUCUCUUCCCUCCGAAUUUGCAUCCUCAUUCGAUGUUCAAAGGUCAGUAUGAAGCCAUUAACAACAUUGUAUUCAUUAGUGACCCAAAUACCCUUUAUAUCGGACCAGAGUAUCUUGAAAGGUUUAAGAGGCUGACAAGGCUAGAAGAUGUCCGUUUGGACAGAGAUGACGCCAGGCGUCAUACAACUGUUGAUGGGAAAGUUUUAUAUAACAUAGAUGUGCAGGAGAUCGAUUGUCAUAAAGAGUCAAGGCCAACAUCUUCUGGUGGACCUGAAGAAGAAACGCCGCCUUUAAGUCCUCUAUUGAAGCAUAAAGGUUCUUUGCCGACCAAUGGCGUGCCUUAUAGUGAUACCCCACCUAUACGUAGUGUAGUUGGAAAUAGUACUCCAAUUUCUGGUUGUGUAACAAACAAUGGUGGUUCUGCUGAUUGCCUUUCAACUGGAAUGAAAUCGAGUGCCCUGGCUGAACUUGGAUCAGAUAUGAUAUUUCUUCCUUCUCGUCCGACUAGGGAAGAGUGGAUUAAUAUCGUAAAUGCCACCAAAAGUGGAUGUGCGUUGACUGGAAGCGCUACGAUGGGUCAUAUUGGUCCAAAUAUAGGAAGCAUCGACAUUGGGGAAUGUGAGGACUCGUAUCUAUUCCGUGUCUCUCUUCCUGGAGUAAAAAGGGAUGAAAGAGAAUUCAGUUGUGAGGUUGAGGAUGAUGGUAAAGUAUCGGUAAGGGGAGCAACGGUGACGGGUGAGAAAACAGUGUGUAGAUUUGAUCAGAUAUUUGAAAUGCAGUCUCAGAAACUUUGUCCUCCGGGUCACUUUUCCGUCUCGUUUAAGCUGCCAGGUCCCGUUGAUCCUCAACAAUUUUCUGGGAAUUUUGGCACUGAUGGGAUUCUGGAGGGAAUCGUGAUGAAGGCACGUAGAAAGGGGAAAAGAUGAUCUUGAUGCAUUCGUUUACUGGUAUGCUUUAUGUAUUGCAUCAUGUUUCUUAUUAGAAUCUUCUCGUUAGAUAUUUCGACUGCUUACGAUGAUCAGGUUAGGUCCUUCUUAGACGUCGUUUGGGUGACAUAGACUAUGCACGUCACUAUGAGUAGUCGUGUACUCGUCACAUUAAAUUAUAUUUUCUAAAUAUAGAAUCACCAGUUUUAUUUCC